AUAUCAUUUGCUGUGAAGUGAUCUGACGGAGGGAGAGUAUCAGUUCAGACCAUCACCACGCAAACACACCACGCUAGUGAAAUUUUGCAUGUCAGGAGCGAAGGAUCUUGUCGCCGGUCAACGGCCGUUUUCCAUCUGUUGUCUCUUUAAUUUCUAACGUUGAAAUCAGAGGCAUGUGGAAUUGUAUCGGGAUUAGGAAUUGGUUCCCAAUAGCGUGCCUGCUGUUAACGAUAUGGACGGAGGUGUCCCAGUCUUCUGGCUAUUUCGAGCUACAGCUGAUUGCUGUAGAAAAUAUAAACGGUGAGUUGUGGGACGGGGAUUGUUGCGACGGCACGCGGAACUCUCAAGACCAGCGCUGCGUGCGGGACGAGUGCGAUACUUACUUUAAAGUCUGUCUGAAGGAGUACCAAUCCGAACUCACCACAACCGGCACCUGCACCUUUGGUGUUGGAUCUACGGACGUUCUCGGUGGAAAUAUAUUUUCUUUUAAGGAUCCCAGGAACCCCAAGAAAAUAAGCGAUGCGGGGAGGAUCACCAUCCCCUUUGACUUCGCCUGGCUGCGAUCAUUCACGCUCAUCUUGGAUGCCUGGGAUUGGGACAACAGCACUAACGACAGUGGUGAGGAGAAUUUGAUAGAGCGGCACAUACACACCAACAUGGUGAACCCUGGAGCCCAAUGGCAGUCUAUUCGGCACCCUGGUAACACAGCCCACAUUGAAUACCGCAUCCGGGUCAUGUGCAACGAGAACUACUACGGCAGUCAGUGUAAUAAACUAUGCCGGCCACGGGACGAUUACUUCGGCCAUUACCGCUGCGAUCCAUCAGGAAAUAUUGUGUGUCUAGAUGGCUGGAUGGGAAACCAAUGCCGUACGGCGAUCUGCAAGCAGGGCUGUAAUCUCAUUCACGGUGGCUGUUUGGUGCCUGGAGAAUGCAUGUGCAACUUCGGUUGGCAGGGCCAGUUCUGUGACGACUGCGUUCCGUACCCUGGAUGCGUACACGGGACGUGCACGGCGCCGUGGCAGUGCGCUUGUGAGAAAAACUGGGGCGGCCGUAUGUGCGAUAAAGAUCUGAACUACUGUGGCACGCACCACCCCUGUGUCAAUGGAGCGACGUGCAUUAACUCCAAACCGGAUGAAUACAACUGUGUCUGUCCUGAAGGGUACUCUGGGAAAAACUGUGAAAUAGCUGAGCAUGCAUGUGUAUCCAACCCCUGUGCAAACGGAGGCACGUGUCAUGAAGUCGUCUCAGGAUUUGAGUGUCUGUGCCCACCGGGGUGGGAGGGACCCACCUGUGCUAAAGACAUGGAUGAAUGCGCCUCCAGCCCGUGUGCGAAAGGUGGAACGUGUAUUGACUUAUACAAUGGCUUUGAGUGCAUCUGUCCUCCGCAGUGGGGCGGGAAAACCUGUCAAAUCGAUGCAAAUGAAUGUGUGGGGAAGCCUUGUGUAAAUGCUCACUCUUGCAAAAACAUGAUUGGUGGAUAUCACUGUGACUGCUUUCAAGGAUGGGCCGGACAGAACUGUGACAUCAAUUUAAAUGGCUGCCAUGGACAGUGCCAGAAUGGAGCGACGUGCAUGGAGCUGGUACACGGAGGUUACCACUGUCAGUGUCCUCCGGGCUUUGUGGGCUUGCACUGUGAAGUCUCAAGAAACAAAUGUGCCAGCGGGCCGUGCCAGAACGGAGGCCGUUGUCAUGUGAUUUUAGACAGCUUUGUGUGCGAAUGCCAGUCAAACUUUGCAGGGAUGCUCUGUGAGGUGGAAACUCUUAUUCACUCGAACCCCUGUGAGCCGAACCCAUGUCAGAAUAAAGCAUUGUGCUACAGCUUGCCAGGUGAUUUCUACUGUGCCUGUCUUGAAGAUUACGAAGGCAAGACAUGUGAAAACCGCAAGGACCACUGCAAGACCGCCCCUUGCCAGGUGAUUGACAGCUGUACUAUUGCCGUGGCGAGUAACAGUUCUGAUGGGGGUGUGCAACGCAUCAGGUCUAAUGUUUGUGGUCCUCACGGGCGCUGUAUCAGCCAGCCUGGCGGCAACUUCACCUGCACGUGUGAGCCCGGUUUUACUGGAACCUACUGCCACGAGAAUGUUAACGACUGCACAAGCAGCCCAUGUCACAACGGAGGUACCUGCAUCGAUGGCAUCAAUUCCUUCCAGUGCUUCUGUCCAGACGGCUGGGAGGGGAAUCUCUGCAACCUCAAUGUAAACGAGUGCGGUCGGAGCCCUUGUAAGAACGGCGGACACUGUGUGGACCUGGUCAAUGACUUUUACUGUGAAUGUGCCAACGGAUGGAAGGGCAAGACCUGCCAUUCACGUGAAAGUCAGUGUGAUGCCAGCACGUGCAAUAAUGGAGGGACUUGUUAUGACCACGGAGACAGUUUCCGCUGCUCCUGCACACCUGGAUGGGGGGGAAGUGCAUGCAACACGGCAAAGAACAACACCUGUGCAUCCAGCCCCUGUCUGAAUGGAGGAACGUGUGUGGGUGGCGGAGACACGUUUACCUGCAUCUGCAAAGAUGGAUGGGAAGGUCCCACCUGCGCUCAGAACACCAAUGACUGCAACCCUCACCCCUGCUACAACGGGGGAAUUUGCGUGGACGGUGUGAACUGGUUCCGCUGUGAAUGCGCCCCUGGAUUUGCCGGACCCGACUGUCGAAUCAACAUUGACGAGUGCCAGUCCUCGCCCUGCGCAUACGGUGCUACCUGUGUGGAUGAAAUCAAUGCCUUUCGAUGUGUCUGCCCGCUUGGCCGUACCGGACCUCGAUGCCAAGAGUUCAUUGGCAUCGGGAAGACGUGUCACUAUGCUGGACUCCAGUUUCCGCACGGCAGCCGUUGGGAGGAAGAAUGCAACACUUGUCAAUGUGUCAACGGCAAAGUGGAGUGCACAAAGGUGGUGUGUGGUCGCCGCCCGUGCCUCUUACCAGGGACGCCAGGGCGAGAGCUUCACUCUUGCCCCGGAGGUCGCGAAUGCAUGGAGCACAACUUCCUCACUUGCCUCUCUCCCCCCUGCCACCAAUGGGGGUUCUGUUCCAGCCCCGAAGCCCCCCCAACCAUACAAACCAAAUGUGAGCCCAAUACACUGUAUCUGGACAAAAGCUGUGCUCGCAUCACCCUUAUAUUCAACAGGGACAAACUACCUACAGGAACGACAGUGGAGAACGUCUGCUCUGAGCUCAGGUACAUGCCCUCCACGCGGAGCCUAGCGAAAGAUCACGCCUUGCUGGUUCUCUGCGACCUCUCCUACAAAAACCAGGACGCGGUAGAAGCUGCCAUCUCGUUCCAACAGGAUGAUCAGCCGGACCACAGUCAGAUCCAAGAGGCUGCCAGCGCCAUAGUCAGCACGCUGUCCAGACGGCACAACAGCACUGUCAUGCUCGCCGUCAUCGAGGUCAAAGUGGAGAUGCCGGUCAUGUCCCAACCAGUGGACUACCUGGUGCCCAUUCUGUGCGUGAUCCUGUGCGUGCUCUGGGUGUUCUGCAUCAUCGUCUGCGUCUGGUGGACCCGCAAGCGUCGAAAAGAGCGUGAGAGGCGCGAGCCCGUCUCCGUCGAGGAAAGCGUCAACAACCAGUGGGAACCACUUCGGCCGGUGACGCGGCCGCAGCACAAAGACAACCGGGACGCACAGUACGAGCGCGCCAAGCUCAUGGGCUCCCCGGAUCGGACCUGCAACAGCGGGGAAGAUGAGGAGGAGAUGGAGGAGGAAGAGCUGGAGCUCACGGAGGGGUGGUGUAAAAUGGAGGGGGGCAAGCGUCCCAUCCAAAAGUACUCUAAGGCUGCAGCGCAGACCAACAACGAGCUGAUCUGCACCUCGCGGAGCAGCGCAGGCAGCCCGUCCCUCAAAACGCACUACUGGACAGGCUUCGUCCCAAAGGAGAAAAACUGUAAUAAUGUCAAUAACGCCACCGGCCAAGAGCACAGAGAGCACUGCGUAUGAGCUCCAGCAGUGGACAGAGCAGAAUCUGGAGACCAAGGCCAUCUCAGAAACAAGCAAAGACUUUUUCCCAUUUGUUAUUUUUAUUUUAAACGUUGAGAUUUUCAGGCUGAAUGGUAAAGUGGCAAAUAUCUUUCUUUUCUUGAUUUUUGUUUUGUUUUUUAUGUACAGAAGAAGCAAAUUUUUAUUUCUUUAUAAGGAGGCAGGGAGAAGCCUUGCUUUGUUUUUGGAAACUACUGCUGGAUUAAAGAGCAGGACUGAGAAACUCUGAGGAACUCGAGGGAGAAACCAUAUUAAGACUUUUUCGUUGUUUACAAAUGGUUGUGGUUUUGUUUUGUUGCGAGUGGCCCAGUUUCGGUGCACACCCUGUAUGGGGCAGACACUGGCUUUGUGGGUCUCCGUUCGCCCCGUUCAAAUCUCCUUCUACGCCUGCCUUACCGAGCUCGUUGUCCACGAGGAGGACUACAGUGCCUAUAAAGUGGCCUUGUUUUUUCUGUCAUUUCUGUUGUCUUGGCUGAAUGGUCUUUAAAAACGGAUUGCAGUAUUUUGAGUUGGUCGCAAGUGCCUUCAGACAAGCCCCUCGGUUUCGGGGUCCUACCGACGCGGUAGACCCCAUAGAUCACUACAAAAAGUGGAGAGGCUGGUCUUAAGAGCAGCUCCCAUAUCACCAUCAAGGUAUUUGUUUAAACAAAGACAAGAAAUCUGUAAAUAUGUGUAAAUAAUAAAUGAGUCGCUGUGUAUAUUUGAAUUUAGUAACUUAAGUCACUUUUUUAUUAUUAUUAUUAUUAUAAUUAUGAUUGAAAUUAUUAUGAUUAUUACUGUUUUUGAUUUUUUUUUUACACCAUUCCUUUUAUUUAUGCCAGUUGAUAAUGGCAGGUUUUGUAAUAUGUUUGCAGCGUCCCAAAGUCAGAACAGAAAUAUAAUCAAAGAUCAUCCUAUUAUGUUCUUGGGUUUGUUUUCACUUUACGAGACACGUGUAAGAUUGUGUGCUGUAUUGUGGCGUGUGUGUUCGCCUCCUUAAAAAAUCCCUGUUCUCUUUCCACACCGGUCCUCUUGCUGAUCAAAGAAAACCUGUAAAAUGUCACGACUUGUUGUCAAAGUCUUUUUUGUACAGAAGAAUUGCUAUGGAAAAAGUUAUUUGGUUCAUUUAGUGGAAUUUAUGUUUGUUCUUAGAAAUAAAUCAAACUAUUUAUUAAAGCAUUUUAUAACAACA